AUGCCAACCCUUUGGUUUACCACUACUAUACUCUUCAAAUGUCCGCAGCAAGGCAUGAUUCGGUCAUGCGUUUGGCGGCGGACAGCAUGCCUCGAGCAAAGUCGCGAGAAAGCGCGGCACUUUCACCAAACUGUUGUUCGGAGAGAUGAUCACAGCAUGCCAGAUCACUAUGCAACACUAGAUGUUGCAUCUAAUGCCUCACCAAAGGACAUCAAGAAGCAAUUCUACAAGCUGUCCAAAGCGAAUCACCCCGACUUGCACCCGGACGAGGAGAACGCCUCGAAACGAUUCGUGAAGAUUAGCGAAGCAUGGGCAGUACUGGGUUCUCCGGACAAGAAGCAGCGCUAUGAUCGUGACUUCUUCCGAGCUCAACAAUCCUCUGGGCACGCGAGCAGUGGAAACAUUCCGCACGGCAGCUAUUCAUCAGCGCAGACAGGCCCUGGUGGACGCCCGCCUAGUGGUUUGAGUCGACGACGAACGACGUUUCGCGGUCCUCCGCCAUCAUUCUAUCGUAGUGGUGGCUGGGGCGAACACUCUGCCAAGCGAGAAGAGCACGCGUCGAAGGCGUCGAACACCAACGAGACAUCUGGAGAAUCAGCGAGUGGACCAAAAGGCCCUGGCAUGGGUCCUGGUGGAUUUGCAGGAGGCUUCGACGGUUCUGUACCACACUUCAACAACCAAGCGCAUACUGCAACUCAUGAAGAGCUGGCAGCAAGAGCACGCGUAAGGCGGAGGCGAACUGUUCAGUAUGAGAGCGCAGAGAUGAGUGGUGGAGGCGGCGGCCGCUCUGUACUUUUCAACUUCUUUAUGGUGACGGGACUACUUGGGGCUGUUGCAAUGAUAUCGAGCAUGGUAUAUGGAGGAAACGAAAGACGACGGCAGAACAAGGCAGAUACCACGAUCUAG